UACGCGCCGUAACAUGUCCCUCCUGAGCCGCCGUAGGACCUAGCAGCGCAUAUGUUCAAGUGGAUCUUGGAUGUUAAAAUUAUUCCCUUGUGUUCGGUCAAAACAGCAUAUUUAUUAAGUGUCACAAUGUCUGUUCAGUCAUCAAAUCCUAACAAUCCGGUUGUAUUCUUUGACAUAACCAUCGGAGGACAGGAUGUUGGACGUAUGAAGAUCGAGCUGUUUGCUGAUGUGGUUCCCAAGACAGCGGAGAAUUUCCGGCAGUUCUGCACUGGAGAAUUCAGGAAGGAUGGAGUCCCUAUUGGUUACAAAGGUUGCACAUUCCACAGGGUGAUCAAGGACUUUAUGAUACAAGGAGGAGACUUUGUAAAUGGUGAUGGAACUGGCAUCUGCAGCAUCUACAGGGGUCCGUUUGCAGAUGAAAACUUUAAACAGAAGCAUUCUGCACCUGGUCUCCUUUCCAUGGCAAACAGUGGUCCAGGAACAAAUGGUUGUCAGUUCUUCAUUACCUGCACCAAAUGUGACUGGUUAGAUGGGAAACAUGUUGUUUUUGGAAAAGUGGUGGAUGGCUUGCUGAUCAUGAGAAAAAUCGAGAAUGUUCCCACAGGACCCAACAACAAGCCCAAGCUCCCCAUUGUCAUCGCACAGUGUGGAGAGAUGUGAUCCACUUUAAUCCAAACCUCAUGCGAGAACUACACACCUCUGUAUGCCUGAAGUAGUAUCUCAGUUACUUGAUAGUCCUCAACAAACAUCUACCCACAUCUUUUCCCUGUAUGGAUGCCAGGAUGUGCUUAAUAUAAGGGUUUAAAAUUCUUCUUUUAGAAAUUCAUAUUUGCUGUUUAAAAUUUGGUUGGCAUGUGAAACCCUCUCAUUCCUAAUUCUGUCACACAGUCCAUGAUCAAUAAAUGUUUUACAUUUUUAUAAA